ACUAAGGACAGUGUGAUGACCGACGGGCAAGAGCUUGUGAUUGGCAACACAUCUGUCACUACUGUUGCCACCCCCAGCCACACACCAGGUUGCUAUUCUUUUAUCUUCCCCAUGUAUAAAGCAGGAAAGCGCCACAACGCCAGCUUCUACUGCGAGGAUGGCAUUCCGUCCUCGGCUUACUACAAGACCAGCCAGGUGCUGUCAUUUCAGAUGUUUGCAAAUGCCUCGCACCACGCAGAUGUCGGCGUCUUUUUAAUCAAUUACUAA